AUGACGACGUCCGCGUACUCCGCCACCGACGGCGCGUCACGCCGCCGCAACGCAGAAAUCCAGGGGCAGGGGCAGGGGCAGAGCCAGUCGCUAUCCAAUGGAAACGUCCGUCACAUUCCGGGCGAGCCGAAGAAUCUAUCCAAAGCCAUAACCAAAGCUAGACCGAGAGAAUCGCGCUCGUGGAUCCGCCGGUUCAAGCACCGCGCUGUGAAGCACACGUGGUUGGUACCGCUUAUUCUCAUCUUGGCAUUUCUAUCACUAUAUGCCCUAAAUCCGACAGAAGGGAAUAUCAUCCACCGAUUUAUCUUCCUUUCUUAUGCGCAACCAGCUACUGAGACUGGGGUUGUUCAAUAUGGCAAGGGAAUAUGGGAUGUGGCAUUUGUCUUCUUCUAUACGAUUGUCCUAUCAUUUACGCGCGAGUUCAUCAUGCAAGAAAUUCUGAGUCCGUUCGCGAGGUUGUGUGGGAUUCGGUCGCAGAGGAAACAGGCACGGUUCAUGGAGCAGAUGUAUUCUGCUAUUUACUUUGGUUGUACGGGUGUUGCGGGACUUUAUGUCAUGUCGCGAACGCCGGUUUGGUAUUUCCGGACGACGGGGAUGUAUGAGGGAUUUCCGCAUCGGACGCAUGAGGCUGCCUUUAAGUUUUAUUAUCUGUUUGAGGCGGCUUAUUGGGCUCAGCAGGCGCUUGUCAUGGUGCUUGGGUUGGAGGAGCGGAGGAAGGAUUUUAAGGAGCUCGUUGCGCAUCAUAUUGUUACUUUGGCGUUGAUUGGGUUGAGUUAUCGCUUUCAUUUUACUUAUAUUGGGGUUGCGAUUUAUACGACGCAUGAUAUCAGUGAUUUCUUCCUUGCGAUCUCUAAAUCCUUCCACUAUACGGGAUCCGAGUUGGUUAUCCCAUUUUACGCGCUCAAUGUGGUGGCGUGGAUCUAUCUUCGACACUACUUGAAUCUGCGCGUCCUUUACUCGCUGCUCACUGAAUUUCGGACUGUCGGUCCCUACGAACUUAACUGGGAGACUGAGCAAUAUAAGUGCUGGAUCUCGAACAUCAUCACGUUCGCCUUGUUGGCCAUGCUUCAGAGUCUCAAUCUUUUCUGGCUGUAUUGCCUUGGACGUAGCUCGUGGAAGUUUCUUUCCACGGGCGAAAAGAAAGAUGACCGCUCUGAUGACUCGGAACCAGAAGAGAACGCUCAGCUUCAGAGCAAUGGACCGAAGCAAUGA